UCGCGUUUCUGGAACUUGCGACUUAUGGCGUUUCCUUCUUGAAUCUUCUUCUGCCGUAGACGAAGCAAAAAAAAAAAAAAAACCCAUUUUCAGCGCACACAACUCUGUAGCUGCUGAAUUUGGAUCGGGAAUCGAAUCAUGGGUCCGGCGGCUACCGUUGGUGUCUGCUUCCUUUUCUUAUGUUCAUCCGCUUAUUCGUUCUAUCUCCCAGGAGUGGCGCCUCGCGAUUUUUCGCGGGGUGACGAACUCCAAGUGAAAGUGAACAAGCUGUCUUCUACCAAGACACAACUUCCAUAUGAUUACUAUUUUCUAAAAUACUGUAAGCCCAAAAAAAUCAUGAAUGUUGCUGAAAACUUGGGAGAAGUCCUCCGUGGUGACCGCAUAGAGAAUUCUGUCUAUACUUUUCGCAUGAGGGAAGAAAAAUCCUGCACAGUGGCUUGCAAACAUACUCUCGAUGCUCAAAGUGCCAAGGAUUUUAAGGAAAAGAUUGAUGAUGAAUACAGAGUCAAUAUGAUUCUGGAUAAUCUUCCAGUAGCUGUACUUAGACAAAGGCGAGAUGGAAAUCCGUCAAAAACUUAUGAGCAUGGUUUUCGUGUUGGUUUCAAGGGGAAUUACGCUGGGAGCAAAGAGGAGAAAUAUUUUAUUCACAACCACUUAAGCUUCAGAGUUAUGUAUCAUGAAGAUACCGAAUCUAAUUCUGCCCGAAUUGUUGGCUUUGAAGUUUCUCCGAUCAGCAUUAAGCACGAGUACAAGGAGUGGGAUGAGAAAAAUCCUAAGGUGACAACGUGCAACCAAAACACAAAAAAUCUAGUACAAGGAGGAGCUGUUCCACAGGAAGUGGAAUCUGGGAAGGACAUUGUAUUCAGUUAUGAUGUUACUUUCAAGGAAAGUGAUAUUAAGUGGGCAUCACGGUGGGAUACCUAUCUACUCAUGAAUGAUGAUCAAAUUCAUUGGUUUUCAAUCAUCAAUUCUUUGAUGAUCGUUCUCUUCCUUUCUGGGAUGGUUGCGAUGAUAAUGAUGCGGACCUUGUAUAAAGAUAUUGCGAACUAUAACCAACUGGAAACCCAAGAUGAAGCUCAAGAAGAAACAGGAUGGAAACUUCUUCAUGGAGAUGUAUUCAGGGCACCCAUAAACUAUGGUUUGCUGUGUGUUUAUGUGGGCACUGGAGUUCAGAUCUUUGCAAUGACGCUGGUUACGAUGAUAUUUGCAUUACUCGGGUUCCUCUCACCAUCCAACCGCGGGGGGCUUAUGACAGCCAUGGUUCUGCUAUGGGUUUUUAUGGGAUUGCUCGGUGGAUAUUCUUCGGCUCGGCUGUACAAAAUGUUUAAGGGCACGGAAUGGAAGAGGAAUACCUUAAAAACUGCCUUUAUGUUCCCAGGUAUCCUGUUUACCAUCUUCUUUGUGCUGAAUGCUCUGAUAUGGGGAGAAAAAUCAUCCGGAGCUGUACCCUUUGGCACAAUGUUUGCUCUUGUGUGCUUGUGGUUUGGAAUAUCGGUGCCCUUGGUAUUCGUUGGUAGUUAUUUGGGUUUCAAAAAGCCUGCCAUUGAAGAUCCUGUGAAGACCAAUAAAAUCCCGAGGCAGAUACCUGAACAGGCUUGGUACAUGCAACCGACAUUUUCUGUGCUCAUUGGAGGCAUUCUACCAUUUGGUGCUGUUUUCAUCGAAUUGUUCUUCAUCCUUACAUCAAUCUGGCUGAACCAGUUCUAUUACAUUUUCGGCUUCCUCUUCAUCGUCUUUGUGAUCUUGAUAAUCACAUGUGCAGAGAUAACGAUCGUUCUCUGCUAUUUCCAGUUGUGCAGCGAAGACUAUAACUGGUGGUGGAGAGCCUACCUGACUGCUGGAUCCUCUGCGCUCUACCUUUUUCUGUACUCCAUUUUCUACUUCUUCACCAAGCUGGAAAUCACGAAAUUCGUAUCCGGGAUUUUGUACUUUGGCUACAUGAUGAUUGCGUCGUAUGCUUUCUUCGUGCUGACUGGGACCAUCGGCUUCUAUGCUUGCUUCUGGUUCGUCCGAAAGAUCUAUUCGUCCGUUAAGAUCGACUGAAUUUUGUAUAAUGGAGUUACAAUCAAAAGGGACACCUCUUUCCUUGUCUGUCUCUCUCUCCAGAUAAUUGCAAUCAUCAGGUACCUCUCUCUCUCUCUCUCUCUCUAAGCUUUUAAAUCUGUAAAAAUUAGAAAUGAUUCUGAUAGAUGGCAGAGAUUGUACAAUUGGAACUAUUUUAGUGAUCUUUCUAUGGCUUCAAAAUGCUUGCAUACAUACAUACUCAAUAUUUUGUUUUGUUUUGUUUGUUUUUAAUUAAUGAGCAUUCAUCUUUAUGCAACAUGUUUAUUCAA